CCAUAUUUGCAUUCUUCACCCUCGCUUCACGUCACCACCAUUGCCAUCCAAGAACAAAUUAAGCGGGACACUGGAAACAAAGAGAGACAUGGGCCUUCGCGGCGGAGCUCUUGCCCUGCUUCUGCUCCUGUUCGUCCACGGAGGCCAGCGAGCAGCAGAGGCCGGCGGGGACGCGUUCGUGAGGGUCCAGGGCACCCGCUUCGUGCAGGACGGCAAGCCGUUCUUCGCCAACGGGUUCAACGCCUACUGGCUCAUGACAUUCGGCGCCGACCCCGCGCGGAGGGGCAAGGUCACCUCGGCGCUCAGCCAGGCCGCCGGCGCCGGCCUCUCCGUGGCCAGGACGUGGGCGUUCAGCGACGGCGGCGGCGGCGGCGGCAGCGCGCUGCAGUACUCUCCCGGCCGCUACAACGAGAACACCUUCCAGGGGCUGGAUUUCGUGCUGUCUGAGGCAAGGAAGCAUGGGAUUAAGAUGAUUCUGAGCCUCGUGAACAAUUACGACAGCUUUGGAGGGAGGAAGCAGUACGUGCAGUGGGCGAGGGAGCGGGGGCAGACCAUUGGAUCUGACGAUGAGUUCUUCACUAACCCCUUUGUAAAGGGCAUCUACAAGAACCAUAUCAAGGCCGUUCUGACGAGGGUGAACACGAUCACCGGCGUGGCAUACAAGGACGACCCGACGAUCAUGGCGUGGGAGCUGAUGAACGAGCCGCGUUGCCAGUCCGACGUGUCGGGCCACGCCAUCCAGUCGUGGAUCACGGAGAUGGCGGCGCACGUGAAGUCCAUCGACGGGAACCACCUGCUGGAGGCCGGCCUGGAGGGCUUCUACGGCGCGUCGUCGGCCCGCAGGUCCGCGAACCCGUCGGGGUACCAGGUGGGCACCGACUUCAUCGCCAACAACCGGGCGCCCGGGAUCGACUUCGCCACCGUGCACUCGUACCCGGACCAGUGGCUGGGCGGCCUGGACGCGCAGGCGCAGCUGCGGUUCCUGGGCGCCUGGCUCGACGCCCACAUCGCCGACGCGCGGGCGGUGCUGCGCAAGCCGCUGCUGGUGGCCGAGUUCGGCGAGUCGCGCCACGACCCGGGCUACAGCGGCGGCCAACGCGACGCGGUGUUCGGCACGGUGUACGCCAGGGUCUACGACUCGGCGCGCGCCGGAGGCCCCGCGGCGGGCGCGCUCUUCUGGCAGCUCCUGGCGGAGGGGAUGGACUCCUACGGGGACGGCUACGAGGUCGUCCUCCCGCAGGCGCCGUCCACCGCCGGAGUCAUCGCCACGCAGAGCCGGAGGCUGCAGGGCCUCGCCAGGGCGUUCGUGCGCGCGCGCAAGGCCCACCAGGGGAAGGCGGGCAAGGGCGCUAAGGGUGGCGGCAACUGAAAGUGGGGUGAAACGUGUGUGGCGAGAUCAAGAAGAGUGUGUGUGUGUAUGCGUCGAUGUCUCCUCGAGAUGAUUUGAAGAUUCAUCCGGGAGCCAAGAGUUACUUCUACAUACUAUCUAGCGUUGUCCUCCAUGUUUUAUUAUUUAGAGGACUUGCGUUUAGUUCCUGUGUGGAUCACGAUAGUCGAGAUGAGCGAAGUUAUAUGCAAAAGUCGUGGACUCGUGGGGGGAGCAACUCUACAAUCUCGAGACCUUUGUUGGUUUGUUCGCC